AAUUUAUUCUGGUUCGCUGUCCAGGUUUUACGCGGCGGAAGUUCUUGUAGCCUUGGAGUACCUUCACAUGCUGGGAAUCGUCUACAGAGAUCUAAAGCCCGAGAACGUGUUGGUUAGAUCGGACGGUCAUAUUAUGCUCUCCGAUUUUGACCUCUCCCUCUGUUCUGAUGCAAUCCCAGCCGUUGAGUUUCCUGACCCUUCUCCUGACCCCACCUCAGUUUCUGACCUUCGGUCAACCGGCAAUGCACGUAAAGCUUCCUCACCCGGUUGCUUUCCCAAUCGGCUUUUCCGGUCACGGAAGGUACGGACGGUGGCAACCACCCGGCAGUUCGUCGCCGAGCCGGUGACCGCUCGGUCAUGCUCAUUCGUGGGAACCCACGAGUAUAUCUCACCGGAAGUUGCCGGUGGUAAAUCGCAUGGCAAUGCUGUGGACUGGUGGGCCCUUGGGAUUUUCAUCUACGAGCUGAUCUACGGUAGAACGCCAUUUUCCGGUGGGAACAACGAGGCAACACUGCGAAACAUCUUGAAAAAUCCCCUGGUUUUUCCGACUGGAUCUCCGUCGAGCGCGUCAGAAAUGUACGCUCGAGAUCUGAUCUCAAGGUUGCUGGUCAAAGAUCCUGGUCAGAGGCUCGGGUCAAAGAGAGGGGCAGCUGAAGUGAAGACACAUCCCUUCUUUAAGGGAGUAAACUUCGCUCUCAUACGGUCGUCCACGCCACCGGAAAUUCCCGGUCUCCGGCGAGUUAAGGCUACGUCAUCUUCGGAAUCCUGUAGGUAUACGAGGGAAUCGACAACGACGGCUUUUGACUUCUUUUGAGGUUCGAAUCGAAAGUGACGUGGUAUCAUCCUCGCCUUGUAAAUUCGGGACUUCUUUUACCUAACUGAUUAUAGGAAGAGGGGGAUAGGAUUGCCCUAUGUUGGGAAGGUUAGAUUAGUUUACAAACUUCAUAUGUAAACUAACCUUUAUAAGAAAUGAGUAAAUGUCUUUCAAGAUAGUUUUCAAUAUGGGAUUAAAACUUUUAAUAUAAUGUGAAUGAAUACGUACUAUUGAUCUAUGGA